AUGACUCUGUUUAUCGUUGGGGGUCCCUGUGGCACCGGAAAAUCGACUGUGGCUGAAGCGCUGGCCAAGCAUCUCCAGUGUCCGUUUGUCGAGGGAGAUGAGCUCCAUCCAAAGGCCAAUGUCGACAAAAUGGCCCGUGGCGAGCCGCUGAACGAUGACGAUCGAUGGGGCUGGCUACAGGACAUUGCCAAACAUGGAGAGGCCGAAAUCAAGGACAAACACAACAAGAACGCCGUCAUUACAUGCUCCAUUCUCAAGAAGAAGUACCGGGACCUGGUGCGGGAAACUCUGGAUAAGGACAUCCGCAUGGUUGUGGUGUUCCUGUACGGCUCUGAAGAGGAGAUCACCAAGCGGGUGACCGGUAGAAAGGGCCAUUUCAUGAAAAGUGGCAUGGUCAGAAGCCAGUUCGAGGCCAUGGAGGUGCCCAAGGAAGACGAGCUGAAGGACCAGAAUGGCCAGUGUUUUCCCGUUUACACGGAUAACCUGGACCCUGAUCAGGUGGAGCAAAAGGUUCUAUCUGAUGUUGAAUAA